AUGCUGCAAAUUAUAGCGGUGAGGCUUUUAAUUGAAAUUGAAUUUUCUCAUCAAUCUUAUUGACAGUAAAGGCCACAAAAAGAUGGCAGAAAAAAACAGGUUGAAAUCUAUGUGUAUUUACAACAAAAAACAAACAUUGUUACAAUUUGACCGAAAAAAAAGUUGUUUUUCACUUUCCACGGAUAAAAUAAGGAACUUAAAAGGGGUCCGUAAUUUGAAAUUUUCUAGGUAUGCCUUCUGGCAGGCACCGUGAUAUGUGGUCAAAUCGGUGGCGGUGGUUCAUAUGCUCCAGGAGCUCUAGCCUCUAGUGCUGGCCCAGACUUCAAUCCAAUUUUGCUUCAAGGUCAACGAGGAUAUCCGGGUAUUCGAGCUCGUGUCAAUUCUCGAGCCUUCCAAUAUGCCAGCACUUUGGUUGGCGGACUUUUGAAUUCCGAAAUCAAAAAAGCGCGAAUUCCACCAAUUACACAGUGUAUUCCGAUGGUUCAGGGAUGUGUGAAUAUUUAUAAUUUGUAUGUUUCGAGAUAUCGUUGUCCACAACGUGUUGUUUUGUAUCCAGCUGCUCCAAAUCGAAUUGUUCUUCAAGUUCAGAAUGUUGAUAUUGGGUAAGUUCUGAUUUUCAGGAGAGAUUGGAAUUCGGGAAUUUUCUUUGAGAUUUCAAAACUUAAGGUUUAUAAAAUAUUGAAAAAAAAUCCCGUACAAUUUCAAGAUUUCAUUUCGUAAUGCUCAGCUGUGAAAAAUCCACGUGGUAAUUUUUUUUUUGGUGUCCCCAAAAUUAUGCUACGUGGAAUCUUCACAGUAAUUUUCAUGCUGAAAACGCCGUGUCCUUCCUGAAUCUGAAAAUCCACGUGAAUUUUCAGCUUUAAAAAUUCAUUCAGAUAAAAAUUAUGACACGUGCGAUCUUACUGUAAACUUUUACGUUCAAUUCCUACUGUAGUUUCUGAAGAUGAAACUAACCUCAAAGAAUCAAAAUUCAAAUCCUACUGUAGGUGAUUUUCGUAGAUCUAAUUUUGAUCUUAAAAUUAUUCAUAAAAUCAGAGCGACAAAUCCACACAGUACUCCAAAAUAUUCCGAUCCUAAUCCUAUUCAUUUCCAGUGUCACCGGAAACCUCGGUGGUCAAAUCGUCGUUCUCCUUCCAAUCCAACUCUCUGGAAUUGUCCAACUCAACAUUCAUCAAGCAACAAUCACAGUUCAACUAGCUGUCGAAAGAGGACCAUCUGGUCCAUCAAUUCGACUUCUCUCAUGUGAUAUGCAAAUCGGAUAUGCUGAUGCUUAUAUUGAAAAUGGUGGAUUAGUCGGAGAUGUUAUCAACAGCCAAUUCAGAUCACAAAUCUCGAACCAGGUGAAACAAAUGAUCCCAGGACAAGUUUGUGGACAACUUCCAUCAAUUAUUAAUGAGAAAUUGAACUCGAAACUUGGUGCACUUCCACAAACUAUCGCGUUGAGUCAAAUGCUUUCAAUGUUCGGAGGAGCACUUGGUCUCUCGGGUGGAGCUCCACCUUCAAAUUGUCCAGCAUCUUGUCCAAGACCAGCUGCUCCAAUUCCAUCAGCAGCUCCAGUUUCAGCGCCAGUUUCUCCAGUCAUCUCAGCUGGACCCGCUCAAGCGCCACAAAUUCCAUCUGGAGCAUAUUCGGAUAUCGGUCGUCAUCGUGCGGCAGCCGUUCGCACUCUUCAACAACUUCAAGCUCUUCGCUAUCCUCGCUCAGUUAUUGCCAACGAUGGAAAUGCCACUCACAUCAUCCGACAUCGUCCAAGAGUUUAUGCUGCAAAUAUUCGUGCUCGCGGAGCUGUUCAACAUCAACAAUAUACCAAUAUUCCAGUGGCACAACCCAGAUAUCAAGCACCACCUGGAAUUGUUGGCGGUGGUCCGGUUGCAGUUAUUCCAGCUGGAGUGGAUUGUUCGAAAUGUGGAGCUGCUGGUGGUGGAGAUGAUCCAGCAUCAUUCCUCAGACAAGUUGCUGCUCAUUUGGAUUUGGUGAGUUGGACACAGGCUGUGCCUCUUAUGAAAUUGGGAUUGGGUGAUAGAUAACAUUUUGAAUUUUGGAAUGGCACUUUUACUUCAGCCUAAUCCACCAUUCAAAAAAUUAUCGAUACAUAUUUUCAGACAAAACUCAAUGAUCUCUACCUUUCCCUUCAAUACAUCAAUGGUUACGCCACCGCCAAUGAUUACACAAUUGAUUUAACCGGAGAAUUCAGUCCAUAUGGUCAAGGUGGAACACCAUUUGGUGCAUUCCCAACACAAUUCCCAUAUUAUGGCGGUCAAAUGGCCGAAUUUAUUGUCACUGAUUACACCGUCAAUUCUCUAUUCUAUCAUCUUCAUCGCAAACAAUUUUUGUCAUUCCGACUUGGUCCAGAUACACCAAAGAUUGGUGAAUUAUUGAAAACGACGUGCUCAGAUGAAGAUGAAGAUUUGGAAGCGACUGAAGUUGAAUUAGAUGAAGAGGAAGCGAGAAGAAAGAGAAGAUUGGCAGCAAAAGAAAAGGCGAGAUUAAGAAGAGGAUUAGAGCAUCCGGGAGUUGCUUCAGAAGCUCAAACUCAAACAACUCAUCAUGAAGUUGAGAAAAUUCGCACAAAGAGAAAGAAGGAUCGUAAGAGAAGACAAGAUGAUACAGCUGGAUUGGCUGAUUUGGGAAUUUGUUUUGGUGAUAUUUUGCCAGCUGUUAGAGAGAAAUAUCCAAAUCAGAAGAUUGCUGUGCAAAUUCGAACUGUUAGAGCGCCAUCAGUUAUUUUGAGUCAGGCUAAAGGAGGUGAGCAUUUGGGAUUUUAUUAAAAUCUAAUUAUUUCCAUUUUUCAGGUACCGUAAUCCUGGAUCUGAUCGCCGAUGCUGACAUCUACAUUGAUCAAACCAACACAAAAGUCGGAACAAUCACAAUUGCAGCCACUGUUGUUUUAACAGUCCGUGUUGCUGGAAAUCGUCUGACUGGAACUGCAGAAAUCACUCAAUUACAUUUGACAGAUCGAACUGGUUCAUUAGGUCUUCCACAAGAUGCAUUGGAUAAUUUAGGAAAUCUUGGAAAAGAAUUACUACAAAAAGUGGCUAAUGAUGGUCUUCAAAAGGGUAUUGCAUUCAGUAUCCCACAAAAUCUCCCACUUCCAAUUGGAAUUAUCAACCCACAAGUUCAAAUCAUUGAACACGGUUUGCUUAUUUCAACAGAUUUCACAGUUUCGCCAAGUUUAUUGGGUGGUGGUGGAGGAGUUUGUUAA